AUGACAGCCAUCCGACUACGUGAAUUUGUAGAGCGUCGUCCAGUGGCUCCACCUAGCAUAUUUAUCAGUCACCAAGGAAAGGACAUCAGAGGUUAUUAUCCCGGGCAACUGGCAAGACUCCAUUUUGACUACAGUGUGAAAAAGGCCCCAAGACCACUCAUAGACUUGGCAAUUCCACCCAAGAGCAAAACUCCGUAUCAGCCUCAACUAGACCAGCAAACACUCAUUCGAUACAUUUGUUUUAGAAGCUUGUCAAGGCCUACAGCCACAUGGUAUAAUCAAACAACUUACAUGAGAGACUACUCCCUGCCAUUUUAUGACAUUGGUUUGGAUCAGAGAGUGGGCACGAUUCUAUCAAAUCCUAGACCACUCAAUUCUCUACCAGAAGCCUACUGCCGUGAUGAAAGCAGCAGCUUUGCAAGGAGCACUUUUUAA